CGUCGCCGUCAGUGUCCGAUUUACUUCCGGCCGACCCGACGGGCCACUGCGCAGCACACACACACAUACACACACACACACACACACUCACGCACACGCACACACUAGUGCAUACACACACACACACGCACCUACGCUGCACACGCGGACGGGCGCGCACAGAAUCGCGCGAAGAAAUCGCGUUCGACGACGUACCAUUACACUAUUGAGUCGGCAGUUCACGAACCCAGUAGCUUCUCUAAAUGCGACCGCGAGAGACACACAUAAAAACCUGGAGAUUCCGACUCUGAUCGUCCGCGAACACAACGAAUCGUAAUAAUAAUACAAAUUAAACAUUUUUUUUUUUCUGCCGUUGUUGUUGUCGGUUUUUUUCGGAUCGUACUUCACAUAAUAUUAUCAUAAUAUACUAACACGCCGUGUUCACCUGCCGAGUCGGUCGCACGCCGCCACCCCUUCGCGCCGCUGAAGAACCGCGAUUUUCUCCGCUACCGAGUGUCGCCGGUGCUCGUUUAUUUUUUUUCUCGAGAUUUUACGGUUUUUUUUUUAUAUAUUUUUUUAGUUUUCUCUGCUCUCCUUAAUAUAUUACGUCGUUAUUGGACGAAGUUCACCGACGAUUGAAUCUCGUCUUUUUUGCUGAAAACCAAUCACCGCCUCAGUGCGUCCCCCAGCGUCAUAUACACACAAUUAUCGGCACACGAUGACAGGUCGUUCGACGGUUGUCAGGGUUUAGCAGCAGUGGUCACCGAACGUCUGUACAGCUGAUACGUAAAAUCAUAGCAGUGCGUCUACAGAGAUCUACAACACACAUUAUCUCGUUGAAUAUAUAUUAUAUAUAUAUAUCAUUUAAGUUCACUUGAUCACGAUGAUGACCGACAACAACAACGACCUCGGCUGCCAGGACUGGAACGUCGCGCCACUCGCUGACAGGAGAGUGGUCGACUUCUACGACGAUGCUUCGGUGUUCGUCACCGGUGGCACGGGAUUCGUGGGCAAAGCUCUGAUCGAGAAGCUUCUCAGAUCGUGCCCCGGCCUGAAGAACAUUUACCUGCUGAUCAGACCUAAGCGUGGCAAAGACAUAGAAUGCCGUUACCAGGAGCUGUUGGAAAAUCCGGUGUUCGAUCGCAUUCGGUCCACGGAUGAAGCGGAAAAAGUGUUCGAGAAAGUGGUGUGUAUCAGCGGUGAUGUAUCCGACCCCGACCUGGGUCUGAGCGCCGAAGACAGGCAAAGACUGUGUUCCGACGUGACAAUCGUCUUCCAUUCAGCAGCCACCGUCAAGUUUAAUGAAACCCUCCGCACCGCCGUCACACUCAACACGUUGGGCACGCGACGCGUCGUCGAACUGUGCCGGUCGAUGCCAAAGUUAAAGGCUAUGAUUCAUGUGUCGACUGCGUAUUCGAAUGCGGAUAAGGUAACGAUCCAGGAGUCGGUGUACAAGCCACCUGCCGACCCCGAGUUCGUGAUAAACUGCUGCCAGAAGAUGUCCGAGGACGAUUUGCGAGAGAUGGGACGGCGGAUGCAGGGUAAACACCCGAACACGUACACUAUGACCAAAGCCAUGGCCGAGUGGGUAGUCGCUGAACAAGCGGAUGACAUACCAGCGGCAAUCGUAAGACCCAGCAUAGUGACUGCUGCUUGGAGAGAACCGUUCGAAGGGUGGGUAGACAACAUGAGCGGUAUCACGGGCAUCAUGAUGGAGAUAGGACGAGGCACGAUCAGAAGUAUCGUUUGCGACCAAAAGCUCCGAGUGGACAUCAUACCUGUCGACAUUCUAGUAAACACGCUGAUAACGUCUGCCUGGCACACGGCCACAUACAGGCAAAACGCAGUCCGGGUGUACAACUGCACGUCCGGAGCUUUGAACCCGCUCCGCUGGGAGGAACUGGGUAACCUGUGCCAGUACCACUCGCUGACCGCGCCGUCCAAGUACUUGCAGUGGUAUCCUGGCUUCUCGUUCCGCACCAACCGCAUGGUGCACAGACUGUGCGAAAUCCUCUUCCACUUCGUGCCCGCGUUCGUGCUGGACAUCGUGCUACGUCUCACCGGUUCCAAGCCUAUGAUGUUAAAAAUUUAUCGACGUUUUAAAAUGGCUGCUCGAACCGGCGAAUUUUUUGCACUCCAUCAGUGGGACUUCAUCAGCAAGAACAUCCAGGAACUCAACAAAGACAUCUCAUUUGUUGACCGGCAAAUGUUCCCCAUAGAUAUCACCAAAGUAGUGUGGGAUACAUAUGUCAGAGAUUAUGUGUUUGGUAUACGGAAUUAUGUACUCAAAGAUCCACCAUCGACCAUUCCUCAAGCGUUGAGUAAACUACAAAGAUUUUAUUGGAUGCAUAGAAUGGUACAAUGCGCGUUCAUUGGAAUUUUAAUACAUGUCCUCAAAUCAAAGUGAUCAGUAACAAGAUUUUAUUUUUUGUAUAAUAUUAACUACAAAUAUUAUAAAUCAUAUUAUAUUAAGUUAUGUUACAUGAAUAGUAUUAAGUAAUCGAACAUAUAUUUUUUUUUUUGCAGUGUUACAAGACAAUUUAUGUAAUAUUUU